GCUGCCGUCUGCCCGGACUCCCCACCGCGGAAUGUGAGCGCCCCCGGGCGUCAGAGGCUGGGCAGCCUCAGCCCAGGAGCCGGUGACUGGGGGGGGCUCACCCCAGGGCAGCCCCCGCCCGGCUCCGGGAGGCAGCUGCUGCCCCCAGCCCUGCGCGGCGCCCAGUCACAUGGUGCCGGUCUCCCUGCCCUGCGCGGCCGGUCGCUUCCUGGCCCGGCAGGAAGCAGCAUGGAGCGCGGCUGCUGAGCGCUGCGGCGUCGGAUCAGCCUCUGCGCGCGGGGCCCGGAGCGGCUGCCCCGAUGGCUGCUCAGGGCUCUGCCGGGGAGGCCAUGGACCAGCGGCUCCAGCAGGCCCAGAGGUUCAAAGAGGAUGGAAACCAGUGCUACAAGGAGGGGCGCUUCCGGGAUGCUGUGAGCCGCUACCACCGGGCACUGCUGCAGCUGCGAGGGCUGGACCCCAGCGUGCCCUCUCCUCUGCAGGCCUUUGGGCGUGAGCAGCCGCCAGUGACACCUGAGCAGGAGAGCGCACUGCACAGCACCCAGUCUGACUGCUACAACAACCUGGCUGCCUGCUUGCUCCACAUGGAGCCAGUGAACUACGAGCGGGUGAAGGAGUACAGCCACAAGGUGCUGGAGAAACAGCCUGAGAACCCCAAAGCCCUGUACCGCGCUGGCGUGGCUGCCUACCACCUGCGGGACUACGACCAGGCCCGGCACUAUCUUAUGGCAGCCACAACCAGCCAGCCCCGAGACGCCAAAGUCAAGCGGUACCUGCAGCUGACAGAGACCCAGCUCAGCACCUACCACCAGAAGGAGAAGCAGCUCUACAUGGGAAUGUUCAGCUAAUGAAAACAUGGCUCCCCCCACUAGACACCACCAAGGCCACAUGGAUGCACCUCCUUUCCUGGACAGACUGCCAGGCCACGGGGAUACCUCCACUCAUGUAGCACCAGGGUCACGGGGACAUGUCUGACUUCUGCUGAUGUUAUUGCACCCACAAGGUCUCUUGAGACCUUGCUGAAGAGGAAACCCUGGGCAUAUGGCUGAGACCUGGCUCCCUUCCCACUUGUCUGCAGGGCAGUGUCCUUUGUACCCCCAAGGGCCUGCGCAUGCCCAGUCACAAUUGCACAGGCUUUGCCACCCCACCUUGUGGUGCCAGAGACAGAGAGCGAGGGCCAGAUCAUUGGCUCUGUCACUCCCCUGGCCCUCUUCAUAAAGGGACCUGUCUCUGCA